CGGUUUCCCCCCUGUGGAGGUACAUGACGUCACUGUAGUUGUGUCGAGGAGAAUAGAAAAGCACAGACGAAAAAUUUACCCUUUAAUAACACCGAUUCGAUAGAUUUUUAUGACCAAAGUAUACGUUUUUACGCUUUGAAUCAUGUCUACUCCGGCUAGAAGACGACUUAUGAGAGAUUUCAAAAGACUUCAAGAAGACCCCCCAACUGGCGUGAGUGGUGCUCCAUCAGAGAAUAACAUCAUGAUGUGGAAUGCUGUUAUUUUUGGGCCUGUGGGUACACCAUUUGAGGAUGGAACUUUUAAGCUUGUGAUAGAAUUUUCAGAAGAGUACCCUAACAAGCCACCCACGGUUCGAUUUAUCUCCAAAAUGUUUCACCCAAAUGUCUAUGCAGAUGGAAGUAUAUGUUUAGACAUCCUUCAGAAUCGUUGGAGCCCCACAUAUGAUGUGUCGUCCAUUUUGACGUCUAUCCAGUCCCUGUUGGAUGAGCCGAAUCCUAACAGUCCAGCCAACAGCCAGGCUGCACAGCUUUAUCAAGAAAACAAGCGGGAGUACGAGAAGAGAGUUUCUGCCAUCGUGGAGCAGAGCUGGGUAGACUCCUAACACAUCUCCCCCAUCCCCUCAUCACUCCUAUCAAAUGCUUCAAUCAGUCAUUUACCUCAUCAAGAAAAUAAGUCGACAUCAGAAGAACUUAAGUGCCACCAGAAAGAGAAAGUAGGGACUUUUACUUGCUUGCCAACACAUUUGAAGAAAAUCAAUCUGAUACUUCUGUUCUUGUUCCAAUUUUUUAUUGCAUGAUGUGAAAUAAGUUAUUGCUAACAGAAUUUGUAAUAUAUAUUUUUUUGUUGGAUUGAUGCUGUUAUUGUUUAGUUUCUACAGAAAUGUUUAUUUUUUAACGUCUCGGUUUAAACCAUUUGAGAGUAUUUUGUCAUAUCGGCUAAUUAGUAGAAAUCCAUAAAACAUGACGACUUGGUUAAAAUAAUGUAUUUUCUGGGAAAUGCUACAGUCUGUCGUGUAGCAUAAAUGUAAGAUCAAUUGACCAGCUAUAAGGCAGACAUUCUUUUGCACCCAUCCUGGCAGUAGUUUCAAAUUACCGCCCUGAAUGGAGUCAGUACUAUUGAUUAGUGAUCAAGGUAACUGGCAUCCUGCAUGUCGAUUUUUUUUUUUUUUUUUUUUUUUUUUUUUAUAUAUAUAUUUUUUUUAAUUACCUAAGUCACAAACACACAAAAAAAAUCUUAUGUCAUGUGUUAAUUGUAUCAACUUUAAGUACAGUGGCACUUGUAAUAAGAGGAUAAUUUGUCUCAUCUAGGAAAAUGGACAGAUAGUAGGUUGACUCCAACAAAAAUCCUACUGUUUGGAGCUGUAAUUGAACAACACAUCUGCUAAGCCUUUUUUCCACAUAUUGUUACGUUACAGCCUUAUUCUACAAUUUAAAAAAUAUAUAUAUUCCAUCAAUGCCCCAUAAUGACAAAGUAAAAACAGGUUUUUAGAUUUUAGCAAAUCUAUUUAAAAAAAAUACCUAUUUACAUAAGUAGUUCAGACCCUUUGCUAUGAGACUCGUAAUUGAGCUCAGGUGCAUCCUGUUUCAAUUGCUCAUCCUUGAGAUGUUUCUACUACCGUAAUUGCUGGACUAUUAAGCGCACCUGAAUAUAAGCCGUACCCACAGAAUUUUUUACAAAUAUGUAUUUUGUACAUAAAUAAACCGCACAUGUCUAUAAGCCGCAAGUGCCUACCGGUACAUUGAAACAAAUGAACUUUACACAGCCUUUAAAUGAAACACGGCUUGCAACAAAAAUAAAUAGGCUUUUAAACUAAACACGGCUUGUAACAAAAAUAAAUAGGCUUUAACGAAACACGGCUUGUAACAAAAAUAAAACAUAAAUAGCAGUAAACAGUAGCCUACCAAGAAAGUCAAACUUCAUUGCAGUGGCGAUUGUUUUGGCUUUCAGUCGGAUCUGCACAGUUCCAACGUCUUAUCAUCGACUCAUUAAGGCCAAGCUCCCGUGCAGCAGGUCUAUUUCCUUUUCCAACAGCCAGAUCGAUCGCCUUCAACUUGAAAGCUGCAUUAUAUGCAUUUCUCCAUGUCUUUGCCAUGAUGAGGGUGACAAAAUGACUACCGUAAUCAGAAUGAUGGCAAGUUUGAGCGCGCUCGAUUUACGUCACAUUAUGUGACGGUGCUCAGUUUUUUGGCGGCAUGAAUCUUGUGAAAAAAAAAAAAAUAACAUAAAUUAGCCGCGUCAUUGUAUAAACCGCGAGGUUCAUAGCGUGGGGAAAAAGUAGCGGUUUAUAGUCCGGAAAUUACGGUACUUGAUUGGAGUCCGGCUGUGGUAAAUUCAAUUGAUUGGACAUGAUUUGGAAAGGCACCUGUCUGUAUAAGGUCCCACAGUUGACAGUGCAUGUACGAGCAAAAACCAAGCCAUGAGGUCAAAGGAAUUAUCCAUAGAGCUCCGAGACAGGAUUGUGUCGAGGCACAGAUCUGGGCGAAGGGUACCAAAAAAUGUAUGCAGCAUUGAAGGUCCCCAAGAACAUAAUGGCCUUGUUUGGAACCACCAAUACUCUUCCUAGAGUAUAAACUGAGCAAUUGGGGGAGAAGAGCCUUGGUCAGGGAGGUGACCAAGAACCCGAUGGUAACUAUGACAGAGCUCCAGAGUUCCUCUGUUGAUGGAAGAACCUUCCAGAAGGACAACAAUCUCUGCAGCACUCCACCAAUCAGCCCUUUAUGGUAAAGUGGCCAGAUGGGAGCCACUCAGUAAAAGGCACAUGACAACUCGCUUGGAGUUUGCCAAAAGGCACCUAAAGGACUCUCAGACCAUGAAAAACAAGAUUCUUUGGGCUGAUGAAACCAAGAUUCUUUGACCUGAAUGCCAAGCGUCACAUCUGGAGGAAACCUGGCACCAUCACGCUGUGGGGAUGUUUUUCAGUGGCAGGGACUGUGAGACUAGUCAGGAUCGAGGCAAAGAUGAACGAAGCAAAGUAGAGAGAGAUCCUUAAUGAAAACCUGCUUCAGAGUGCUCAGGACCUCAGACUGGGGGCGAAGGUUCACCUUCCAAAAGGACAAUGACCCUAAGCACACAGCGAAGACAACGCAGGAGUGGCUUCGGGACAAGUCUCUGAAUGUCCUCGAGUGGCCCAGCUAGAGACGGGACUUGAUCCCGAUCGAACAUCUCUGGGGAGACCUGAAAAUAGCUGUGCAGCGAUGUUCCCAUCCACCCUGACAGAGCUCGAGGAUCUGUAUCACCAAAUACAACUGUGCCAAGUAGAGGUCGACCGAUUCUGAUUUUAACGCCGAUACCGAUUAUUGGAGGGCCCCAAAAAAAAGCUGAUACCGAUUUAAUCGGCCGAUUUACAAAUAAAACAUUUUUUUUUUUUUUUAAUAAUGACAAUUACAACAAUACUUAAUAUAAUACAUCAAUAAAGUCAAUAUAGCCUCAAAUAAAUAAUGAAUGUUUGGUACAAAUGUUUGGUAUAAAUAAUGCAAUAUGUGCCAUGUAAGAAAGCUAAGCUGUUUCGACAGCCAAGCUGUCUUCAUCAGGGUGUAAUCACAAACACUGCGGGCACACCUUAAGUUCCUUGCUCAGAACAUGAGAACAUAUGAAAGCUGGUGGUUCCUUUUAACAUGAGUCUUCAAUAUUCCCAAGUAAGACAUUUUAGGUUGUGGUUAUUAUAGGAAAUAUAGGACUAUUUCUCUCUAUACGAUUGUAUUUCAUAUACCUUUGACUAUUGGAUGUUCUUAUAGGCACUUUAGUAUUGCCAGUGUAACAGUAUAGCUUCCAUCCCUCUCCUCGCCGCUACCUGGGCUCGAACCGACAACAGCCACCCUCGAAGCAGCGUUACCCAUGCAGAGCAAGGGGAACAACUACUCCAAGUCUCAGAGCGAGUGACGUUUGAAACGCUAUUAGCGCGCACCCGCUAACUAGCUAGCUAUUUCACAUCGGUUACACCAGUCUAAUCUCGGGAGUUGAUAGGCUUGAAGUCAUAAACAGUGCAAUGCUUGAAGCACAACGAAGAGCUGCUGGCAAAACGCACGAAAGUGCUGUUUGAAUGAAUGCUUACGAGCCUGCUGGUGCCUACCAUCGCUCAGUCAGACUGCUCUAUCAAAUCAUAGACUUAAUUAUAACAUAAUAACACACAGAAAUAUGAGCCUUAGGUCAUUAAUAUGGUCGAAUCCGGAAACUAUCAUCUCGAAAACAAAACGUUUAUUCUUUCAGUGAAAUACGGAACCGUUCCGUAUUUUAUGUAACGGGUGGCAUCCGUAAGUCUAAAUACUCCUGUUACAUUGCACAACCUUCAAUGUUAUGUCAUAAUUACGUAAAAUUCUGGCAAAUUAGUUCGCAACGAGCCAGGCGGCCCAAACUGUUGCAUAUACCCUGACUCUGCGUGCAAUGAACGCAAGAGAAGUGACACAAUUUCACCUGGUUCAUAUUGCCUGCUAACCUGGAUUUCUUUUAGUUAUUUAUGCAGGUUUAAAAAUAUAUACUUCUGUGUAUUGAUUUUAAGAAAGGCAUUGAUGUUUAUGGUUAGGUACACGUUGGAGCAACCUAGAAGAAAAAGAAACGCACACCUAUUUAGGCGAGGUGCUGGCUAGCGGAGUAAACUUGAAAAUAAAGGAGAGCCGCACACUUUAGGAGCUCAGAUGCAAAAAAAAUGUAUUACCAACGUUUCGACAGCCAAGCUGUCUUCAUCAGGGUGUAAUCACAAACACUGCGGGAUGACUCGUUUAUAUAGUGUCAAAAGACAGAGGAACGACAGUCCUUUUUCGCGAAUGUGCACCGCAUCGAUUAUAUGCAGCGCAGGACACGCUAGAUAAACUAGUAAUAUCAACCAUGUGCAGUUGUAACUAGUGAUUAUGAUCGAUUUUUAUAAGAUAAGUUUAAUGCUAGCUAGCAACUUACCUUGGCUUCUUACUGCAUUUGCGUAACAGGCAGGCUCCUCGUAAGGCAGGUGGUUAAAGCGUUGGACGAGUUAACCGUAAGGUAUCCCUGAGCUGACGAGGUAAAAAUCUGCCGUUCUGCCCCUGAACAAGGCAGUUAACCCACCGUUUCUAGGCCGUAAUUGAAAAUAAGAAUGUGUUCUUAACUGACUUUCCUAGUUAAAUAAAGGUGUAAAAAAAAAAAAAACGGCAAAAUCGGCUUCCAAAAAUAGAUUUCUGAUUUAUGAAAACUUGAAAUCUGCCGACCUCUAGUGCCAAGCUUGUUGUUUCAUACCCAAGAAGACUCGAGUUUGUAAUCGCCGGGUGCUUCAACAAAGUACUGAGUAAAGUGUCUGAAUACUUGUAAAUGUUUAUUUAUUUUUACAUAUAAAUUUGCUAAAAAGUCAAAUCUGUUUCUGUUUCCCCCCCUCAAUCUACACACAACACCCUAAUAAUGACAAAGCAAUGUGGAAAAGGUCAAGGGGUCUGAUUACUUUCCGAAUGCACUGUAAUAACGAGUACACGCCAUAUCCAACAUUAUUAUGGAAGUCAUUUUUCAUAUUUACUAGGGUAAAUAACAUCUGCUGAAAAUGUGUAUGUGAUAAAUACCACUUGAUUUGCUAUAUAUAUUUUUUACAGGAUGGGUCAUAUUGUGGCAAGUGGUUUAUUUGAACCUUAUAUGGAGAAGGGAUAUGUUAUACAUUUUUGUGAAUUCACUCAAAAUGUAUACUUAUAUGCUGUGUAAACAAAAUAAAACAUUUUUCAGACUUUGUGA